CGAAACGAAUUUGAUUUCGUUCAAAAACCAUGAAUUCUCAAACCCAUCUCCUCAAACGAUUCCCUGCACGAGCUCUUCGCAUCCAUCCGUUUUCUUCGACCCCUUUGCCUAAUUCUGUUUCCGAUAUCGAUUCCCAGUUAGUUUCCCUCUGCCAAAAGCUAACUCCGCGAAACGUCAACGACGCGUUUUCUCUCUUUCACACUGCCGUCGCUUCUAAUUCUCUUCCUUCUGGAUUAACCUGCAACUCAUUCAUGGCUGCUCUCACCAGGACCAGAAAUUACGAAAUGGCUUUAUCUGUUUACGGUAAGAUGACUUAUGCAAAUGUUUUUCGGGGUUUCAGAUCACUUUGUUGUUUAAUCGAAUGUUUUCUUUAUACUCGUGAGGUGAAUUUUGCAUUUGGGGUUGUGGGAUUGAUUAUUAAGCAGGGUUAUGUAGUUAGUACGUUUGUUUUCAAUGUUAUGUUCACGGGGUUGUGUCGAAUUGGUGAUGUGGAGAGAGCAAUUGGGUUGUUUCAUCAAAUGAAAAGAUUUUGUGUAUUACCAGAUGUGAUUAGUUAUAAUGUGCUCAUGAAUGGACUCUGCAAGACUGAGAAAUUUGAAGAAGCGCUUCAAUUUCUCGAAGAAAUGGAGGCGGUUUGCCAGCCGAAUAUGGUGACAUAUACGACAAUGGUGGAUGGGCUUUGUAAGGGUGGAAGAUUAGAUAUAGCAGAGGAGUUAUUGGAGAGAAUGAAAAAGAAGGGAUUACAAGGGGAUGUUGUUAUGUAUAGUGCAGUUAUAAGUGGUUUUUGUAGCAAAGGAAAUUUCUCUAGAGGAAAAGAACUUUUCAAUGAGAUGCAAGAGAUGGGAAUUCGUCCUAAUGUAGUUACAUAUAGUUGUUUGAUGCAUGGUUUAUGUAAGGAAGGGCAAUGGGAAGAAGCAAAGGCGAUGCUAAAUCUUAUGACGGAUCGUGGUAUUUGUCCUGAUGUUGUCACUUAUACGUGUUUGAUCGACGGGCUUUGCAAAAAUGGGAGAGCUAAGCAAGCCUUGAAUAUAUUAAAUCUGAUGCUAGAGAAAGGUAAAGAACCUAAUACUGUUACUUAUAAUGUUCUGAUAGAUGGUCUAUGCAAAGGGGGACUAAUAGAGGAGUCUUGUAAAGUCUUGGAUAGGAUGAUAGAGAAGGGGAAGAAGCCUGAUAUUGUUACUUAUAAUACUUUGCUCCUAGGACUCUGCAGGGAUGGGAAGGUUGAUGAAGGAAUUAAACUUUUUAAUUUGACAUUGAAGGAUAACUGCCAUGUUAACCCUGAUGUUGUCACCUUUAAUAUGCUGAUUCAAGGGCUAUGUAAUGAAGGUCGUGUUGAGGAGGCCCUGGAGGUCUAUAAUACAAUGUCUGAACAUGGAAUUUCGGGUAAUUUAAUGACUUUCAACUUUCUAAUUGGAGGCUCUCUUGAAGCAGGAAUGAUCAACAAGGCUAUGGAAAUGUGGAAACAUGUAUUAAACUUGGGAUUUGUUCCUAAUUCAAUUACCUACAGUAUAAUGAUUAAAGGACUUUGUGGCUUGGGUAUGAUUAGCUUCGCUAAAGGACUUUUUGGUAGGAUGAGAAUACAUGGGCCUAGUCCAACUGUGAUUGAUUACAAUACAUUGAUUUCAUCCACGUGCAAGGAAGGUAGCGUAGGACAAGCUAAGAGGUUGUUCCAAGAAAUGAGUAAUGUAAAUCUAGAACCGGAUAUUGUUACAUUCAAUACCAUAAUCGAUGGGUCUCUAAAAUCUGGGGAUUUUUCGUAUUCCAAAGAGCUACUAAUAGACAUUAUUGGAAAAGGCUUAGCUCCAAAUGCUUUGACAUUUUCAACAUUAAUUCAUCGAUUAUCGAAAAUUGGUCAGAUGUGUGAAGCUAAAGUUGUUUUUGAGAAAAUGAUUGCUUGUGGCUUGACUCCAGACGCCUUUGUAUAUGAUUCCUUAAUAAAGGGAUAUAGUUCGAAGGGUGAAACUGAGGAAAUUAUUGGCUUGCUCAACGAUAUGGCCAAAAAGGGUGUCGUUCUUGACCCAGAAGUAACUUGUACAAUCUUAACAUGCCUUUGCCAGAGUUCAGAUCAUCCUGAUAUCUUGGAGUCUGUGCAAAAGUUUUCCCAACCAACGUCAGAUGCAAAACAAAUAACAUGUAGUGAAUUGUUACUUAGACUUGAUAAAUCUCAUUCAGAGCUUAACUUAACUGUUGAAAAUCAUAGUAAAGGCCAAAUUUAAUAUCUUAAGACCAGACAUGGUAUCUUAUCUUCUGUUCUAAGCGAGUCCUUUAUUCUUGCUAUUUCCUAUCCUUGAUCUUGAGGUUCACCUCCCAGAUUCUUUUUCAAGUCAGUCAUUAAGCACAUUUCCUUGUUUUUUUUUUUUUUUUUUUUAAAUACUGAUUUCCUUUACUGUCUUGUAUGUAUAUCAGUUUUCUUUUCGUAACGAUUUAUCCAUUCUCUCUGUGGUCUCACAUGGCUAGUUAAAAUAAAAAUAAAAAUAAAAAUCUCCAGGGAGUUGUGGCUCUAGUUUCGGUUAUAUUUGUUUAUGAUUAAUCAUGUGAAAUUCCUUAAAAAUAUAGUGUAUGACAGAUAGUAAUAUGUUUUUUAAUUGUGGUUAAAUUGCAAUUUAAGUCCUCAUAGUUUGGAGAAAGUUAGAAUUUAGUUCCUAUGGUUUAUAAUUAUUAUCAAACCAUAGGAACUAUUUAUGAGAUUUUAUCAAACCAUAAGGACUAAGUUCUAACUUUUAAAAUCAUAGAGACUAAAUUCUAACUUUUUCAAACCAUUGGGACCAAAUUUGUUAUUAAACCUUUAAUUUUCAAGUGAUUUUGAGAGUAUUUUGCUCGUCGUUGGUUGGUGGUCUUUUUUUUGGUUUCUUCGGUAGUUUUGGGAGUGGGUUUUGUUUUUUUUUACCAGCUAAAGGAGACUUGAAGUUGUUCGAAAGUUUAUCAAUUUGUUGGUUGUAUCUUUUCUUUUUUCUCCUUGUUGUUUGUAUCUCUUAAACAUAUAAUCCUUUUUAUUACAUCAAAGAGAAGUAGUUUCUUGCUUUAGGAAAAGUGAUUUUUAAGAGUAGAGUUGGUGGACUAAUGGGAGCGAGUGUGGUUCAAUGGUUGAUUGCUAUGGCAUUGACGGAGUCGAUCUAUGAUGUGGGGUCUAUAUUUAUAGCAUUUGAAGAGGAUGUUCAGCUCUACUUCUAUCAGCAUUCUUCUUGGGAGAUUUCUGCUGCUUGCCUGAAUAUGAACAUCUCAUGAGAUGAGGCUAUAUUGUGGUAAGUCUCCAUCUGCUUUUCUGAGCAACAUCUGUUGGGCAUGUUCCAAAUCCAGAAAGCAGAAACUGUAAAAGGAAAAGCGGGUUGCUUGUCUGGGAGGAAGCAGCCAGUUUGACUGGGCACAGGUUGAAGCAAUCUCUGGUGUACGUACCUAUGAAUUAUGAUAGAAUUUUAUUCUAACCUCCAGUGUAGCAUGGAAAUGAAUUUAUGCCACGUUUGAGAGUGAUUCUCAUUGUGUCAUCUUCAAAAUUUCUCACAAAAUAUUUUUAAUUAUUUAAAAUCAAUUUUAAUAAUACGAAUAAUACUUUUAAAGGUAUACAAUUAAACAUUGAUUUGAUUUUGAGUAA